UCCUCACAAUGCAGUCGAACCGACUCGCGGAGAUGUGUCUGAUGACGAGCAUGGUUUUACUACUAGCCACCCUGCAUGCUGAGGCGGCGGCGCGACCGCUGCUGCUGGGUGUGUUCGCGAACCGGCCUCAAGAGUCGACGUCGGAGCCCUCGUCGCAGCCUCCCCCGCCGCCCCCGCUGCCCAGCACGGACGAGGCGGCCGCGGUGGGCGGCUGCCGCUGUCCUGCCACGUUGCAGUACGACCCCGUCUGCGGCACAGACAACCAGACCUACAACAGCCUCCAGCUGCUGCUCUGCGCGCAGCGCUGUGGACGCGAUGUAGAAGUGAGCUUCAAAGGAAGGUGCUCGCCACUUGCUGGCUAGCUGCAGUCCGACCAGAAGUCACGUGGUGGGAGCGUCCGGUAAACAAAUACAUGCAGCGUCAAUCUUCAGUUGUGCAACAGUACCGUCGCUACUACGUCUAAUCAGCAUGUGUUUGUUGUAAAAUUGUUUCUCUGGGAAUUUUACGUUUUUUGGUGUAACUGACGCACGUAUUUAUCACAUCAGAGCAUUUGUUUUUAUGAUGUAAUUGGUGUUAAAGAUGACCUAAGG